AUGUUUUCCACUAAAAGUAUGUAUUUAGGAAAACAAACGUUGACACCUACCUCUAUAUCUCUUACUUAUUCUUUUUUCUCCUUUAAAAUAAGAAAUUAUGUUUCAAGACGUUAUCUGAUGGGUUUUGUUAGGAAUGCUUUGGGUCUAGAGCCUCCACCAUCUCCCACUGAUCCAACUCCAGAGAAUAGAUUUCAUCCAUGGGAUCAAUCUCCAUGUGAAGCUUUAAGAGAAAGAGCAGCAAGAAUCAAAGCUUUGGCACAAUGCCCUGUAACUGGGAAAAACGUUCAAUACAUAUGCCCUUUAUCUGGUAUUCCAACUCAUCAUUCGAGAGAGGCAUGGUCAUGUGAUAAAUAUUAUCAUGAUAAUAAAAUAUAUGAAUUAUUGAAGAAAGUUAACAUAUAUGAACAUGACCUAAGGAGUGGUAGACCAUUCCCUGAAUUUGAAUUUCCACAAGAACAAGGGUUUGAUAGGAUGGUCAAUAUGACUAAUUGGGAUCUAUUUUUUUACACACGAGGAUUCUACUCGAUGGAUACCGAAUUUCAAUUAGCUGCUGUUACAAAAAUGUUAAGUUAUCCAAUUACCAUAGCCUCUCUUUUAUCUCAGUUCUCCCCGUAUUCAUUAAAUCCAAAAGGUCCAAUAACUUUAGAAGGUCUCAAAUCUUUGGCUGCUUUAAGGUAUACAUUAUAUUCCAACCAGGGAAACUAUAAAUAUAGUAAUGAUAGUACCCGUAGAAAUAACACUACUUCUUUUUUAAAUGGAUAUGAUUCAUAUAACACCAAUUCUUUAUUGAAGAAUAGAGCAAUGAGAUUGUUUAUUGUUGGUGCAAGGGCCGAAUCCCAACUACCUGGUCACGUUUGGAAGCAAUUACAAUACCUUUUCACAAAUCAAAAGUUUGAUAUCAUAUUUAUCGGGCCAGAGUGUUAUUUUGAUAAAAAUAAACAGGAAUACACUAAAUUGCCAAUGGAAUCUCCGCCAAUUAUAAACAAGAUCGAUGAAUCUUUAAGAUUAAUCUACUAUACAGAUUAUUUCCAUACAUUCCACGAAUCCCAGGAGUUCUUUCCAUAUGAUCCAUAUUUUGAUUGUUUCUUUACUUUCCAUCCCGGGUUUGCAUCUCCAGAAAAUGCAGACCAUUGGGUCAAUAAAACUAUUCCUGCUUUAUUAGACACUAAGUGUGCAAUUUUCACCACCGGAUUUGAUAAGAAUGAUUUAAUGAAUGAUAUGAAUCUGUUAGAAAACAAGUUUAGUCCAGAGAUGGAUAUCUUAAUGGAUCCUAUUAAAAAUAUAUUCGGUAGUACUAAAUGGGAAUUAAAUGAUUUGAAUCCACAUGAAGUUUAUCGUUUUAAUAUGUAUAUUGCUGGAUUUAGAGGCAAAAGAUAUCAUACUAUUGAAAAAUAA